AGGAACCAUUAAUUUUGCAGUAUUUUUUUUAUAAUUAUUAGCAGUAAAAAUGUUAAACAAGUCUUGAAUUUGAGUUCUUCAAAGUGAUAAUGUUCUUUUAGGGUAGGCAUAAUUAUUUUAGCCCAUAGAAUUGUCCACAGUUAAAAAUCGGAUCUGGUCUCUAAACAACUUCCACCGUAGGCAUCCUAAUAGAUUUAGUGUUGGUGGCUGUAUAGACAAAUACCUGGAGGUUGUUCAAAGUCACCCUUGAAGAACAUAAAUAUUGCAUUGGCCGUUGUAAGUAAGUGUUGUCAUGAUUUAAUGGGAGGGUUGGUUCAUUGUGAGGUUAACCAUCUAUUUUUGGUGAAGAAAGACCAACGGAAAUUUUGAAUUUUUCUCAGUGAGAGAGAUCAACUCUUACCUUUCCUCCGUUAAGAAAGAGUAACAAACAUUUAGAUGGCUCAUUCAAUUUUCCUGUUUACUUGUUACUCUUGGCAGCUUUAGAUACAUGUGCUAUUUUUCCAUUUUACUCGGUUAUAAUUUCAAUAUUUCAAGUUCUUGCAAUUUCGAUAUUUCAAGUUCUUGCAAGUCGUUGUGGUUGAAACAACAUUUGAUAUUGAUCCAGAUCUAUCUACUUUCCACCAAGUUGAGGUGCUGUGUAGUUUGGCCCAAUUUAUAUGUAGAGGGAGGUAGGCCUUUGUUUGAGAUAAUUGAAAUCUUGAUAGGCUGUUUUUCGCUAAGAAUGAUCUUGACAGGCCUUGCAACCAAACUUCUCCUUUUGCUUGAAGAAUCAAAUUUCUUGUAUACUCUGACUAAGACAUGGUGGCAUCUUUUAAGUAUUCCAUCUGUCCCGAAUAAUAGUCUCUUAUGGGGUAUCCAACCAUUAAAGGAGAUGCAUAACAAAUGUAUUCACACCGAUUAAGAAACCAUCACUGUGUAUGGGGCAAAACUUUAAAAAAUCACAUCUUGGGAAACUUUUGUAAAAUCACUCCAAAAAGGGCCAUUUAGGAUAUCAGCAAGUCUUUUGCCUUGGCUAUCAAAGGUUAUCAAUUAAUUUGAGACAUCUCAGAAAGUUAAAAUGGAAUAUAAAUUUGGGACUAAGAAAGUAGCAACUUGUUUAAGGCACCAGGAAGAUAGUUGUUCAAAUGAUUUAGCUGUUUUGCAUUUCUCCUAUGAAUUUUCUGUACAAGUAGUUCCUGCUGGAUAACUGGCUGUACAAGGCAUGCUGUCCCUUGAGUCCUGGCCUGGGAGACCUGAACUGUUUUAAUACUCUAGGCUUGGAAUGGAAAUAAACCCACAAGGUGGUGCUUUUGCAAUUUUAUUCUUUCCUAAUGACACCGUCUUGACAUGCGCUUUCAGCUGCCUGGUCUUCUGACGCCCUUUGCUGCUCUCUUUUUCCAUUAACAGCCUUCCCGGUAUUUCGGUGGCAGCUCUGUCUUCUCGAUCUACCCUUUAUGUUGUCUUUGCAGCAGACUCUGGCUGCAACCCGAGCUCUCUGCGAAUAUACCCUGCUGAUUGUUGCAUUAUUGAGGUUGCAAUUGUAGAUUUGAAGUUGUCAAUAUGUGGGACAAAUUACCUAUCUUAUAUCACAAAUUGUAACCCCAUGGGUAUUUGAUUAUGUUGGCUUAAUAACAUGGUAAAAAGGUUCUUUAAAUGUGCACAUGCAUACACAGAUUGGUGGGUUUGACGUGAGUAUAUGUGUGUGUGUGCGUGCAUAAUUGCCUUCUUGUUUGUCUAGUUUUUGUUGUUAUAUAGUUGCCAGUGUUUUCUUAAACUUAUGUUCCCUGGUUUGGAUUGUAACACAUUUCUCUAAUCUGUCCAGGUUUCCAGCUGAAGCGUUU